AUGGACGGACCGGCAACACCUGCUCCCAUCUCAGAAGCACCCGUUCCUGUUGCACCUGGGAAUGAAGAUAUAGUUCACAGAGACCUGCUGAGAUUGAAGAGGCUCAGGACUAAUACACGUCGCCAGAUCACGAGUACCUGUACUCAGAUGUACACAACCAUACAAGCACGAAGAUCUAGAGGGGCCUUGAAGGGCCUCUGCAAGCAUGUAGAAACUCUGCUAAAUGAGGCAAGAGAAUUGAAUGACCGUAUUCUUGAGAAUGAAGAACAACUCGAAGUCGACCAUCAACAAGCCGUACAUCUACGCUACAUACAACAAGUAGGAACUGUAGCAGAUGACUUAGAGCAAUAUCUGCAAGCAAGAGUAAAUGACGAGCCAUCGGUUAUCGCUAGCCUACACAUGCCACUAAGGAGUAGUAAUCAGAGAGAGGACGGUCAUAGCUCUCAUCACUCUAGUGUUGCAAGUAGCCACCGUAGCCAACAACCGACGUCUUUACGAGAAGCAGACAAUGGUCGAGGAGAAGGUGGUCGCCGUAGUUCAUUUGAUCGUCGAGAAGCAGAAUUGAGAGAGGCAGAACUAAGUCUACAAAGUUUAAACGUCCAUGCCGAAACCGGAAUUCCUUUUGGAGAUCCCAAUAACGUUCAGAGAUGGUGUGCCGAUCGCCAAAGAUGGCCCACAAACGAGCUUGUUGAAGAUCACGAUCAAGCGCCCGACGUCUGGAUAGACCUUUACAGUGCAGGACAACUGCCACCUCACAAUUGGAUGGGAAGAGGGGCUCAUGCCUCGAUAAAAGCAGAACUGGAACCUUAUAGUGGGAAAGCACUUGAAUGGUUUUGCUGGAUAGACCUUUUUCGUGCUCUCGUUCACGACACUGCAAAAUCUCCAGGAGAAAAACUCGCGUUAUUGAAGCGCAGUCUGAGAGGCGACUGCGUUGAUAUUGUCCAUGGUCUUGGUGGAGGAGAGGCGGCAUACAUCGAAGCCUUGGUGAGACUGAAACAAAACUGUGGUAGAAGAGAUGUCAUGAGGGCAGCCCACUUCCAAGCUAUCGACCGACUGGAGCUAAGAAAUGACCCUACCAGCUUCAAACGAUUUUCCGAGAAGAUCCGGACCCACCUCUUUGACCUAAAUCGUAUCGGUGAAACCUCUUCAACGGACUUAAUCGAAAGAAUCUGUCUCAAGCUCCAGUUACAAGAUAGAUUAGCUUGGAAUGCCGAGCGAGGAGAAGCCAUAGACGAGAGAAGCCUUAACAAUUUCGGAAAUUGGCUAUGUCUACGCGCCUCAGCCUACCAGAACGCGUAUAGUUUGGCAGCAGACCAAUUGCAACCAGCCGCCGGAAGCAUCAACCAUAGGCAGCGUCCAGCUCGUACCCAUCAGAGCUCCUCAAAGUUCCAAGUAGACGACAAGAUGACCCGCCCCGGAUCUACCCAACCGUAUUGCUUUAAGUGCGAAGGUCAUCAUCGGGUUCAAGACUGCAACGAAUUCAAAGCUCUUCUUGUAGGAGACAGGGUAACCUUUUGUGCCAGACAUCGGUUAUGCUAUAGCUGUUUCGGUACGAGGCAUUCUGCAAGAGACUGUCGAGUUAAGAGGACUUGCCGCUACCCUAACUGCAAGAUGUGGCACCACCCCCUUCUACAUGAUCCAUCCCGGGAAAUAACUGAUGGCUCACGGAACAACACUCUGCGAUCUAAACAACCUCAACGUCGCCAAGUUGUCAUGGGAAUGGUGAGACUCAACGUCAUCACGGAAGACGGAUCAGUAUUUCCAGCCAACGUCUUCGUAGAUGAGGGGAGCGACACGACUUUGAUUAGGGAGGAUUUCGCGCACCGUUUGAAAUUACGCGGUGACCGGCAGAUAUUGGCGGUGGAUGGAGCUGGCCACAUAGUGAACCACUACCGAUCGCAGAGAGUGGACUUUAAGCUUCGUGCGGAUUCCGGUGAAUCAUUCGAUCUCCGUGCUUCAACGCUCCCAACGGUGGCAAGUCCAACGCCAGUGAUUGACUGGUCUCGACUUAAGUUAGAAUGGCCACAUUUGUCGGAUCUACCGAUUGGGAUUGCUGGUGGACGAAUAGACAUUCUGCUCGGGAUGGAUUAUGGUCAUCUAGUCGCAGCGCUGGAAUCAAGGGUCGGCAGAGAAGAUGAACCCGUCGCAUCCCGUACCCGCCUAAGCUGGAUUGUGAGAGGUGUCAUCGGUGCUGAAUCUUCCGUUUUCACCAUCCGGUUACAUCAGGUGUCCAGUAGUACCUCACUAACGAUUACCGCCGCUCUAUCUAUUGACGAACAACGAGCUGUUAAGAUCCUGGAAGACGAGACAAGAAAAUUGGAGACUGGUUAUGAGGUGCCAAUCACGUGGCGAGUCGGAGAACCCAAUUUCGAGUGUAAUAGGAGCAGCGCGGAGCUAAGGCUCAAAAGCCUCUUGAAGAAAUUCGAAAGCAACAAGUCCUUUCAUCUGGAUUACCGAGCUGCUUUGCAGAAGACUUUCGCAAAAGGCUAUGCCUCCAAGGUCGACAAUCCUUCCGCGGACACCGUUAAAUACUUCCUAGCCCAUCACGGAGUGUACAAAGGGACGAAACUUCGUGUUGUCUUCGACGCUGCUGCCAUGUAUAGGGGCAAGUGCCUGAACGAUGCCAUCUUGAGUGGCCCUGCCCUUCAGCCAUCGCUUCCUGCAGUCCUUAUACAGUUUAGGGAAGGCGAGAUCGCUUGGGCGUCAGAUGUCGAAGCUAUGUUCAGCCGUUUCCGGUUGAGGUCGUGCGACACUCCAUACUUUUGUUUCUUGUGGCAAGAAACUCCCUCCGAGAAACCGAUUGUCUACCGAAUGGACCGUCUGCCGUUUGGAGCUAGCUGUUCGCCGUUCGUGGCCAUCCAGACGACAAGACGGGCCGCAAUUGACGCGGGGGCGGAUGAGCUCGUAGUCCGGGCAAUCCUACGAAAAAUGUACGUGGACGACUACCUAGGGUCCGCGUCGACCGUGACUCUAGGGCUGAAAGAAGCGGAAGCCGUCACUAAAGUUCUCGCUUCAGCAGACUUACACCUUCAAGGAUGGAUUUCAAACUCCAAGCGUUUCAUCCAGGGAAUUACGAAGAACGCUACGACUUUAGCUGCAACGGCACGACCUCAUGCGCUCACCGAUAGUGGGCCGGAUACUGUUCUUGGUAUCACUUGGAACACCGCAUUGGAUUCGUUGGGCUUCAGUGCUAGAACCUGCGAUGACCUAAAAUACACUCGGGCCGGUUUGACCAGUAAGGUCGCAAGUGUAUUCGACCCGCUUGGGACGGCUUCACCUUUCAUCAUAAAAGCCAAGAUCAAGCUAAGAGAGAUCGGGAUAAAAGGACUAGACUGGUCGGACGAGGUUAGUGAAGAUGAAGCGGCGUGGUGGCGAUCCUGGUUUCGACUUUUAAGCAGACUACCCGAAGUUACUUUCAACCGAUGCUUGUUCCCGGAUGAAACGAAGAUCACCAGCUCGCAGCUGCACACCUUUUGCGACGCCUCGGAGGAAGCCUACGCGGCUGUCGUGUACAUACGGAACGUAUGGGAAGAUGGAAGAAUACGGUGUUCUCAGAUCAAAGCUUGUACAAAGCUUGCCCCGAUGAAAACUCUGUCCGUCCCGAAGCUGGAGCUCAACGCCGCGCUACUAGGUGCCCGUCUCGCCAAAUUUGUUCAGGGUUCCUUGACACGAUCGGUCACCGCUCGCCGAUUUUGGACCGACAGUAGUACGGUUAGGAACUGGGUCAGAGCAUCCGCUUCGUUAUACCAGGUGUUCGUAGCAAACAGAGUGGGUGAGAUACAGACCAUCACUGAAGCAGAAGAAUGGAGGUUUGUACCGGGGCGUCUGAACCCAGCCGACACCGCAACACGUUCCGCGAUCGAUGACGAAGUCCUGCCUGAGGUCUGGAUAGAAGGCCCUGAUUUCCUUUUCAAGAUGGAAGACGAGUGGCCAAAAGACUUGCCGUGGAUGGUCGUCAGUGAGGAAAUAAAAUCAAGCAAGAUUAACCACUCGAAAUCGUCGGUGGCUUACGAUUGGUCGACCCUGUCCAUUGACCAGACCAACCUGUCUUCAGUGUUGAGACUGGAAGGUGUAUUCUUAAACAUUAUAAAGAUUUGUCAGCAAGAGGUUUUUGGCGACGACCUGCAUCGACUGGAGAGUGGGAAAACUUUAAAAUCGACGUCUCAUCUCCUCGCUCUAAGUCCAUGGCUGGGAAAGGACGGACUCUUGAGACUUGGCGGCCGGAUUGGACGGGCGAAGUUACCCUACGAUGUUCUCCACCCUCCGUUAUUGCCCAGCAAACACCCGCUAACUGAGAAGAUCAUUUCAGCCCUGCAUAGAGAAAUGCAUCACGCAGGAACGGACUACCUGUUCUCCAAGCUUCUUCAACAUUUUUGGGUCGUACGGGGGAGAGAAGCGGUUAAGAGGAUACGUCAUAACUGUGCAGAAUGCAUACGAGAACGCGCGGCCCCGGCAGCACAGUUGAUGGGCGAAAUUCCGUCUGUACGCCUCGAGUCAUUUGCCAGCCCAUUCACACACACGGCAGUGGAUUACUUUGGGCCGCUAGAGACCAGCCCCGGCCGGAACAGGGUAAACAAACGUUAUGGAGCCCUCUUCACCUGUCUCGUUACAAGGGCCGUGCACCUUGAACUUGCCUUUUCCCUGUCAUCAGACGACUUCCUCCUUGCUCUGAGACGUUUCAUAGGCAUCUACACCAAGCCAAGAACCGUUCAUUCGGACAACGGAACCAACUUCGUAGGAGCUGAGCGUGAGCUGAAUUCCCUUGUUAAUGAAUUGCAUAGCAGCGAAGAUUUAACAAGGUUCAAAACCGAAAAGGCGAUCGACUGGCGAUUCCAACCUCCUCGCGCUCCACAUUUUGGCGGAGCCCACGAAAGUCUUGUUCGUUCGACGAAAAAGGCGUUGUACCGUGCUUUGGAAACUGAGAAGAAAGGCCUCCGAUUCCCCUCUGAUGAAACACUUCGGACUAUCUUAGCGGAGAUUGCUGGACUAUUAAACAGCCGACCGCUUACCUACACUAGUACGGACCCCGCCGAUCUCAGACCGCUGACACCAAACGAUUUCAUGAAUCGUCCCCCCACGUCUGAUCUACCUGCCGGCUCGUUUGACGAUGCGCUUCCCCGUGAACAAUUUCGAUACGUCCAGCGUAUGAUGAACUUGUUUUGGGAUUUAUGGACCAAGUAUUACCUGCCGUCUUUAGCCCCUCGCAAGAAGUGGAAGACCAAGCACCGAAACAUGUCAGUAAAUGACGUGGUUAUGUUGAUCGAUCCUAACGUUCCGCGGGGUCAGUGGAAGAUCGGCCGCGUAUCGAAGACGUUCCCUGGAGCUGACGGACUCAUUCGUGUCGUGGAGGUGCAAACCGAAGGCGCAGUCUUUGUGCGUCCAGUCCACCGACUUUGUUUGCUGGAAGCUUCGUCUCGAACCCAAGAGGGAGGUCUACAAGACGAGCCGAACAGAGUUCCCGGAGAUCGACCCAAAUAG